AUGAGAGGUUUUUCAUCGGUACAGUCAGUCAGUUUCAAUCAGGAUUUUGGAUGUUUUGCAUGUGGCUUGGAGAGUGGCUUUCGUUUGUUCAAUGUAGAUCCUCUGAAGUCAACGUAUGGAGAGAAAUUGGAUGGUGGGAUCGCAAAAGUUGAAAUGUUAUUUCGUUGCAAUUAUGUGGCUCUGAUUGGUAAUGGUACGAAAGCAUCAUUUCCCAGCAAUGCGGUUGUGGUUUGGGAUAUUGCGAAUCGCAGCGAAGUGACACGAAUUGAGAUGAAUGCCGAUGUGAACGGCGUACGAUUACGUCGUGAUAGAAUUGUGAUUAUUUUAGAAACCAAAAUUCAUGUGUUCAGUUUUACGGACUCGCCCAGUCAGUUGCAUGUGUUCGAUACGAGCCAGAAUCCACGUGCAAUCUGCUGUUUAUGUCCUUCAUCGAAUAAUUCAUUACUGGUAUUCCCAUCACCCACCUCUCCUUCCGUUGUAAUGUGUGUGAAUCUGGCAGAUCCCGAUGCACCAGCAAAAACUAUCACUGCUCAUAUGAGACCUUUGGCCACAAUUGCAUUAAAUUCCGACGCUAAUUAUUUGCUGCAACUAAACCAGUUUCUUUUCAGUUUAAAUUUCUCACCUGAUUCAUCAAUGUUAUGCGUUUCGAGCAAUCACAAUACGGUGCAUUUAUUUGAUUUAAAUGAUGAAGAGAAGCGUAAGAAAACGCCUUUGCGUAGGCUAACAUUGCCCGGUUCGGUAAGUUUCUCAAGAUUCCAGUUGCCGUUUUCAACAAAAAAGAACGAACAGUGCAUUUGUGCAUUCAGUUCGCAGGCUGAAUCUGUUAUAGCUAUUUCGUCGAAUGGUUGUUAUUGCAAAUUCAAUUUCGAUCGAAAUCACGGCGAUUGUAUGCGUCAAACGUGUGUCAUUUAUUUGGAAAUGAACGAAUAA